GUCGUCGGGUUUUUGCCGACUGCGGAUAUCAGUUUAGUGUUUUUAUCGGCUCCCUAGCUGUUCAUUUCCAUAUAAAACGUCAUUACGAUCUGUGCGGAGGGAUUGAUUGUAAUCUCGUUGGAAACAGCGCGACGGACGCGUUCCAUUUAUAAAAUUUCCGAACGAUCGCAGACAGACACAGACAAUCAUGCAAGUGGUUUAGUUACUAGCUCUCAACAAUGUUUUGUGCCCGUGAAGUGACGUGGGUAAUCUAACAGUGGGAUAAAAAUCUAUUGUUUAUGUUAUACGAUGCUCUGAAAGAUGUCAGGCGGCAACUCAAAAAACAAGGCUCGCUCCAAGAAGCAGGAAGGAUGGGAGGAAGCCGGUGGAGAGUUCUACCAGGAGUUGUACCCCGGUGGAGAGCAGGAACUCUUCGAUAACCUGCAGCGGGCUGAUGCUGCUAAAUUGGCUACAUUACUGCCUUCAAAACAGGCUCGGAAUACCACGACGGUGAAGCGCGCGCGGUCUCAGAAUGAGCGGCGGCAGUCCACCUAUGCCAGGACCACGCAGAGCCGGGAUAUACAUCUGUCUAUGUUACCCGAUUUAUCCGAGAACCUAUCAAAUGAGGAGCGUACCUGGGAGGAGAUCAUGCAGAUCAAAGCGAUGCCAGUUCCUAUGAACCAGAAACGUGAACUCAAGGCUAGACUACAGAACGCCACAAAACUUCGUCUACAAGGGUUCGAACAACUUCAAUGGCGACAACGGAAAGUCUGGCAUCGAUUCCGAAUAAGAUUAUCCGAAGUAGUCGGAAAACUAGAGCUCUGGCAAUCCCCCAUGAAAGAAAUAGAAGGCAAGUUCGGUACAGGAGUAGUCUCCUAUUUCCUCUUCCUCCGAUGGCUUCUAUUCCUCAACGUUGCUAUAUCCCUUCUUAUUAUCCUUUUCCUAAUUCUCCCAACUUCAGUCCUCAAAGAGGUAGAAUACGACUGCGAUGGGUACGAACCAAAUUCUACCAUUUGCUGCUCUCAAUAUUACCUAACAAAGAAUUUGACGGAUACCAAUGUGUUUCUCGAUGUGAUCCAAGGCACAGGUUGGAUGGAACGGACCAUACUUUUUUACGGAGUGUAUUCGGACCAGAUUUACACGUAUUUUUUAAACAAUUUGUUCGAAAGUGAGCUCUAUUAUAACAUGCCUAUGGCUUAUAUUCUUGUCGCUAUUUCGUGGGUACUUCUUUCAUUAAUAGCCAUUGUGAAAACUGCCGCCAAAGGUUUUAAAGAGCGUUUGGUAGAAAAUGAAGGUCAGUUUUAUAAGUACUGUAACCUCGUGUUUGGAGGCUGGGAUUUUUGCAUCCACAACGACAAGUCAGCUAAAAUCAAACAUAAAGCGUUAUAUAACGAAAUCAAAGGUUAUUUGGAAGAAGAAAAAUAUAACGAAGAAAGGCAGUUAAGAACUAGGGAAUCACAAAUAUUGAUAUAUUUCAAACGUUUACUUAUCAAUGUAAUUGUGUUUGUAAUACUUAUUGCUUCAGGGGUUUUAAUAUAUUUCGCGUUUAAUUACUCCACGGAUAGAUUAAAUGAGGAAGUUUCCGAAAAUGUUGAAGAUGAAACUAGAAUUGAUACAAAUACGACACACAGUGAAAAGUUUACCUUAAAGCUGUAUAGAGAAGGUGGCAUGUUCUUCGGCCAACUAGAAAACACGUUGCUAGAAUUCCUACCAUUUAUAUGUAUAGUAGUUUUAAAUCUUAUAGUCCCAGAAAUAUUUAGCUAUUUAAUACAAUUCGAGAGUUAUACCCCAGCUCAUGUGCUAAUUAUAACUUUAUUAAGAACAGUUUUGUUAAGGCUAUCGUCCUUAGCGGUGCUUCUAAGUCAAAUGUAUAUGUACGUGAGAGAUAAUGGUUUCGUCUGUUCAUACACGAAAGACGAAUCUUCGUCAAAACUCGAAUGUUGGGAGACAUAUGUCGGACAACAGCUAUACAAGUUAAUACUCACGGAUUUUGCCGUACAAUUUGUCACAACCUUCUUCAUAAAUUUGCCGAGAGCGUUCUUAGCACGACACACGAAUAGUAGGUGUUUCAAAAUCAUAGGCGAACAAGACUUUUACUUGCCAAAACAUGUCUUAGAUAUAGUGUACACACAAACUAUAAUAUGGAUGGGCUCAUUUUUCUGCCCGUUUCUACCAAUCAUCGGUACAAUAUUUUAUUUCUUAAUUUUCUAUAUAAAGAAGUUCACUUGUUUGACGAAUUGUACGCCGUCGCCGGUCGUGUAUAAAGCUUCGAAGUCAAAAUCUCUGUUCAUGGCUGUUCUAUUGCUGGGUUUUAUUGCUUCCAUUGCUCCGGUAGCUUAUUCUGUUGCGGAAAUAUUCCCCUCUAUCAACUGUGGGCCAUAUCGAGGUUAUAACAACGUCUGGGAAUUUGUCGUGCAAACAUUUGACGGAUUCCCAUUCAUUGUUCGGGAGUUUAUCUUCAGAAUGGGAACUUCUACGUUCGCUGUCCCGGCUUUUGCUGUAUUAUUAUUCUUUUUGUAUUAUUACUGGGCCGUGGCUGCAGCGAACAGGCAUAUGGUGACAGUUCUAAAAAACCAGUUGGUGUUAGAAGGCCAUGAUAAGCAGUUUCUACUGAAUAGAUUGAGUGCGUUUAUAAGGCAGCAUCAGAAACGAUGUGAGAGGAGGAAUAGAGCUAGUUUUGCGGAUGAUGACUCAAUUAGACAGAGUUCUAGGUAAAAUUGUUGGGUGUAGUUUUUGAUUGUAGCUGUUUAUAGUACAGUGCAAUUUUCCUAAUUUACGAUUCUGUUGUAUUAGAAUGAUACUUUGAUCUUAAACUGUGAAUUAUUUUUUAAAACUACAUUUCCCUUCCUCUCUUUCAAUCAUUCGCUGUCCCUCUCUCUAGCUCUCUUUUCUUGGAUCUAUUUUUUCCCCCGUACGCGGGAACUUUAAUUUCUAUAAUAAUUCCUUACACGGUUUUUCUUUAUCAUCUCAAGCGAUAAUUGCACUGUACUAUGAAUGAACCAUUAGGGUAAACUUAGCAAAUAAUUUUAUAAUGACUAUGAAAUAAACUAGGUAACUAUGUAAUAUAAUAACAUAGAAAUUCUCAGAAAAUGCCAUCAUUUACUCUUCCUACUGACGCUUUACCUACAUCGGGCAAAACCAAGUUAACACAAGUUUCUUUGUAAAACACUUUCUGACAUAAUUUAACCAUGUUUUUUAAAUAUUCCACGAUAUUUCAACAGGCAUAGUUUUACCUGACAAAAACAGUGUCAAAAUUCUAUAAAAUUUACUUACAGAGGUAAAUAAAAAACAUGAAAUUAAACUCGAAACCAACUACGACCGUUAUUUUAGAAUUCUAGCAUUAUAAGGAAAGUCCCUUUCGCUAUGGCCAAUAACAUAACAAUAGGACACGAACGAACGAAACGAAGACAUUUGAAUCAUUUCACUUACUUUUCCCACAAAAGUGGUUAAAAAAGUUACAAAAAUCUUUUCUUAAAAAUCUGCCAUACUGUGCCAUGGUAGCCUUAAAACUUUAUUUACUUAGCAUUUUUUAUUUAUGAACUACAUUCCUAUAGUCUUACUUUUAAAUAACAGUGCCAGGUUUAAGACUGACUUUUGUCCUAUCUGAAGUCAAAUAUUGCAAGAUUUUAGCGUCAAUUUAUCAAUAUUUUUUCUUCAAAACUGAUAUAUUUAUUAUUCUGACAAAAGUUAUUAAUGGACUAUUCUUUUUUGUCUUUUUUUUACUCAACUUCAUGCAAGAUGUUAUAAGCAAAAAAUUCAAAAUUAACUAAUUAAAAAUACAAAUGAAAUUAUUUAGUAUUUAAAACGAAAAUUUUAUAUGUGUAUAUUUGAAGUUUUUAGCGGUUUAUGUAUUACUGAAGGUACACGCACGUUAUGUAUAAUGAAUUAAUAAUAAUUGUGUAGUUGAUACCACCAAAUGGCCAUUUUCUGAACUUUUCAAACUCUGCCAUUCCAAAAUUAUGUAUUUUACAUCAUACGUUAUAUGUAGGAUACAGUUUUGAUAUGGCAAACUAUGUAUAUAUUUAUUAUUGUACAUAGUAUACAAAAAGCAAUUUAAUUCAAAAUAUUGAAAAGAUUUUUGGUCAAAUGGAGCAAAAACGAAAAUUCUAAUUAAUUUUCUCGGGAAUUGGUUGGUGUCAACUACCCAAUUAAAGCAGUUUUUGCGUUACCUUUAAAAGUGUCAAAUUAAGACUGUUUGAAAAUUGUUUAUUCGUUCAAAAUCUACGUCUUGCUCAAAAGAGUCUGACUUACGUACGUUAUUUAGAUGUUUUUUAGAAAAUCUUUUGUCUCUUAAUGCUCAGUGUAACACUAUAUUAUUGUCUGUGUAUUAUUAAUAUUCUUAAUUCUUAAGAGGCUCUCUUUUGUAAAUCUGUACAUACAUAGCAUUUAUUAGAAUAAGUAAAUAGAUUUUUUAGUGAUCUCAGUAUAUUUAUCAAUGUAAGUUAGGACGACCCGUACGCUAUAUUAAAAACAUAUUUACACUUGAUUAUUGUUUAUAGCAUUAUUUCACUCAACUUUAGUACAAUUUUUAUUCCUGGAUUUAGAUAUUUUUUUCCUCAAUGAAAUGCAUAAUUUUAUACUGGCUCUUGUCGUAUUCAGUACAAUUAUUUUUUCGUUGUGCUAAAAUUAUCUAGUCGACCAUCUUAGAAGCAUUUAUUAAAAUAUUUGUAAGACUUAACCUUUUAUUGUAAAUGGGAAAGCAUAAUGAAGUGAUUGACACCGGAACUGACGUAUGCCCAUUUGGUCACACAUGUACCUGUUUGGUCACACUUGUUCCCAUUUGGUCACACUCGUCAGUGUCCAUUGUGUUUCUCAAAACUGUGUCCAUUUACAUACUGAAUACCGUCAACGUUUGCACUUUUCCGGUAUAAAAGGUUCAGUAUUAUUCGUCACAAAAUAAUUAUAAAUAAAAUGAUAAAUGCUGUAUUUAAAAAAAAAACCUUUAGUUCCUUAGCGAAAUUAUCAAAUACAUAGAGAUAACAAUUUUGCGUUGUAUCCAAAAAUAUGUAACUAUAUUUAGUUAAUUUUAUACACCUAUUUAUACAAUAACAAAAAUGUUCGUCACUAAGACCCAGGUGCACUAUAUAACUAUAUUGAUAACCAAACCAUAACCAGCCUCAUACUUGCCGCCCAUUGGUCAAAUCGGCGAUUUGGACAAUUUCAAAUGACUCGGUUAUCGUUAUAGUUAAAUGGUGCAACAUAACGUUAAUAUAUUUUAUACUAACUAAAGAAACCUAGUUGACAACUCAAUUUUCAGUAGUAAAAUAACAUUAAUUGAAAAACCUUUAGUUAUCAAUGUAUUUAAUAAAACUAAAUGUACAUAAAAAUGUGUGUGUAAAUUUUCGUCUAUUAAUAUUUAUUAAAAUUGUAAAUUAAAAAGUACAUUUUAUAUUUAUUUGUAUGUUGUGUUGUUUUAUAUAAAUUCGUCUUCCUUUUGUGCAAUGUGACGAGCGACGUCGCGGGUUGUAACUUGUACACGUAGCAAAUGUAUUAAUAAUAAUGUUACCACAACACACUGCCAUAACAUCUAAAUUUUUAUUCAAAAUAUGACAUUAUUAUGAAAAUAAACAAUUGUACACUUU